AUGAAUUUGAUGGAUAUGUUGUCGGUGGAUCCACCUUCAACAAUAUAUGGUAAAAUGGAUGAACCAUUACAGGAUUCAAAUAUUUCAUUAUCCGUUAAUAAUUUAAAAGAUAAUAAUUCAAUUAUCAACACAAAUAAAUCCGUUAAUACUUUAAUUGAAGAACCAGGACAAGGUAAAUCCACAACUACAAAUUACAUGAACGAUUCAGGAGUAUAUCAUAUCCCGACAAAACUAACAAGAAUACAAAUAACAUUAACUGAGACACUUUUACAUUUAUUUAGUGAAACAUUAAUUAAUCAAUUAAAAUUGAAAAAGAAAAAAACAAGUAUUGAUAGUUUAUUAGAAGUUUCUAGUUUACAAAAUACAUUAGAACCAUCAUCUAUAGAACAUUCAAAUAAUUCAAAUGAUAUAAAUUUAAAUUACGAAUUAGUAAACUUGUGCUUUAACAAGUUGAAUUUAAUAAGUAAUCAUCCAUCAUUAUUAGUUGAUCAUUUUAUACCAAAAAAAUUAUUAUUAUCAGAAACUAAUGAGAUGAAAAUUUCAAUGUCUGGUAAACUUGAGUUGUUUAAUAAAAUUUUAGAUUCAUUAAUUGAUCAGAACCUAACAACUAAUUAUCCAAUUUUAAUUGUUAGUAAAAACAAUAAAGAAUUAGAAUUAAUUGAAGGUAUGAUUUUAGGUAAAAAUCUUUCAUAUAAAAAUUCAAGUACUAUAAAAUUAUAUAAAGAAGAAGAGAACAGUAAUACUGAUCAAAAGGGAGUGUUUCUAAACCUUAUUCAAACUCAACAAUUGUACAAUAAUUAUAUGAAUAUAUCAUCAAAUUUUAAUUAUAAAUUUAUAUUUUCAUUUGAUUCAAAAUUAGAUUAUACAAAUCCAAGUAUUCAAAUGUUAAGAUCAAAUAAUAAUCAAAUUCCAAUUUAUAUACCAAUUCCCAUAUUUUCAUUACAACAUUUAAUUUUAAAAAAUCCAGAACCUGAAUAUAAUGGAUAUAAUGAUUCAAUAACUAAUAAUUCAUCUUUUUCAUGGAAACUUAAGAUUUUGUAUACUUUAGUUGUUAACUCAUUUCAACUAGAGAAUAAAUAUAAAGAUUUUUAUUUAGAGAAUUAUGGAACAAAUAUGAAAUAUUUUAUAAACGAUUGUAUAAAUUCUCCUUUAAACUUAGAUCAAUUAAUGCAUAAAUAUAAUGAUUCACUAAUAAAAAAUUAUUCAGAUGAAAAAUUACUCAAGAAAUUAAAUCAAAUUUAUAAUAAUUUUAUUCAUGAUAAAUUUGAAAAUUCAAUUCCAUUAAAUUUAGAAAAUUAUAAUCAACAAUUUAUUGAAUUAUGUAAUUUAAAUUUAAUUUCAUCAAAUGAAAAAAUUAAUAAUUCAAUUAAAAAUCAGCUUCAUAAAAAAAGGAAACUUGAAACUUCAAAACAAUUACAUUUUGAUGAUGAUGAAAAAUUAAUUUGUGAAAGUUAUUAUAAAUUAAGAAAAUUAAAUAAUGAAGCUAAUUUAAUAGAUAAUAGAUUAAAUAAAAUUGAAUCAGAUUUAGAAAAACAAAAUGAAAAAAAAAUUAAAAUAGAUGAUCAAUUAAAAGAAAUUGAAGAAAAUUUGGACAAGAUAAAUGAUGAAAUGUUAAAUCAACAAACAGAACAAAUCACCAACUUAAAAAAAGAAAUAGAAGAAUUAUCAAAUGAAUAUAAUAAAUUAUCAAAAGAUACAGAAGAUUCAAGAAUAAAUUAUCAAAAUACAUCAUCAGAAGCAGUAACAAAUCAAUUAAAAUUAAAUUCCAAAAAGGAACUACUAAAUAAAUUAAAUAAAAAAUUACAAUCACAAGGUUUAACUAUCUUACCUAAUAAAAUUCAACAAAAUGCAUUAGACCAAUAUCAAUAUAAAUUAAAUCAAUUAUUAAAUCAAAAUAAAUUUUUAACCGGUUUUUUUAAUGACAAGAUUAAUAAAAUUCAACAAGAAAGACAAAUUAUUGUUGAUAAUUCUAUAUCUACUGGAUCUAGUUCAAGACCUAAUAAUAGAAUAAGUAGAGAUUCAACUCCAUUUUAA